GUCACUUUGACAGCUCACAUGCCUAUUGUGAAUCAAAUGGCAACUCCACUGUGACAGCUGCUACAUAGCCUUCUUUUUUAAUAUCCGGUUCACGCAAUUGUUGCUGAUUCGUCUUUAUUUGCUGCAAAAUGGCUCCCAGGAAGGCUAAAGUUCAGAAAGAGGAAGUGCAGGUCUCGCUGGGACCGCAGGUGCGCGAUGGCGAGAACGUUUUCGGCGUUGCCCACAUCUAUGCCAGCUUCAACGACACUUUCGUGCACGUUACCGACUUGUCCGGUCGUGAAACCAUCGCACGUGUCACUGGCGGCAUGAAGGUCAAGGCUGAUCGUGAUGAGGCUUCCCCCUACGCCGCCAUGUUGGCCGCUCAGGAUGUGGCUGAAAGGUGCAAGGUUCUUGGCAUUACUGCUCUGCACAUCAAGUUGCGUGCUACGGGCGGCAACAAGACCAAGACCCCUGGACCCGGUGCCCAAUCUGCACUGCGUGCUUUGGCACGUUCAUCGAUGAAAAUCGGUCGCAUUGAGGAUGUCACGCCCAUUCCAUCCGAUUCUACACGCAGGAAGGGAGGUCGUCGUGGUCGCCGUCUGUAAAUUUGGCAACAUACAUGCACAAAAAAUGCAUAUUAUGUUCAUGUACUUGUAUGUUUCUAAUUGAUGAAUACAUUGUAAUAAACCUAAAACACGGAUGUCAAUGCGACUUAUAAG